AUGCGCGAUGUGAUAAGGAGGAAAAAACAGCUUUUCCAGCCCUAUAUUGAGGCCUAUUUUCAAUACAAACACUUGCCGCACGUCGGGUUGUAUUCAUUCAAUUUGCCAGUACUAUGUAUAAAUGACCCUGAUUUAGCCAAACUUAUCUUAAUAAAAGAUUUUGAGUCAUUCCAAUCGCAUGGGAUAUUUUCCGACUCCUUCAUCGGAGACCCGUUGGGAGGUCACCUUUUCAACAUACACGGGCCAAAGUGGAAGUCACUACGUGUGAAACUUUCACCUGCGUUUACUCCGGGGAAAUUGAAAACGUUUUUUCCUUUCGUGGAGAGGAUUGCGAACGACGCCUUGGAGUACAGCGAAUCGAAAUGUAAAAAUAAGGAGACUUUGAACUUCUCAAACUUUUACGCUAAAUACGCGAUGGAACUAGUUGGCAGUGUUGGUUUCGGCAUUGAGACGAACGGCUUUAAGAACGCUGAAACUGAAUUUCAGAAGCGUGGGCAUCAGUUUUUCGAAUACACCUCCAUAUAUUGGACAAUUGUGCGUGCGAUCGCGUUUUUUGCGCCGGACUUUUUCAAGAAAUUCAGAAUGAAUCGCACGGAUCCGAAUAUAAACAAAUUCUUCUUUAACCUUGUUAAAGACACUGUACACUACAGAGAAAGAAAUAACUAUCAUCGCAGUGAUUUUCUACAGACGCUAAUUGAUUUGAAGAAGAAUGAUAAUGAUGUCAAAUCAGAAAAAGACAGGGACACAUAUUCCUUAACAUUUACGGACGUAGCAGCGAAUACGAUGCUCUACAUGCUGGCUGGGUACGAAACCUCUGCUACCACGGGUAUGUACGCGGCUUAUGAGUUGGCCCGUAACCCCGAUAUACAGGCAAAAGUGAGGGACGAAGUCAACACAGUGCUGGCGAAACAUAAUGGACAAUGGACUUAUGAGGCGCAAAAUGAAAUGACUUAUGUGAACAUGGUUCUAGAUGAGACCAUGCGUAAAUAUCCACCAAUGCGAGCGUUAUUCAGACGAUGCAACCGAGACUACAAAGUGCCUAACACUGAUCUGGUAAUCGAAGCUGGUACCUUAAUAUUCAUCCCGAUCCACGCCAUACAAAUGGAUCCAGAUAUUUUCGAAGAUCCGGAGAAAUUCGAUCCUGAAAGAUUCACGCCUGAAAAGAAAGGCAAGAUGCAUCCAUGCCAUUGGAUGCCGUUUGGAGAGGGACCUAGAAAAUGUCUCGGUCUCAGACAAGGUUACAUCCAGUCAAAGAUGGCGCUGGUAAAGCUACUGUCUAAUUACGAGUUGCUUCUGGACUCGAAAACGCAAGAACCUCUUCGUGUUAAGGCGACGUCAUUUCCUUGCGCCCCAGAAGGUGGUGUAUGGAUUAAAUUAAGAAGAUUGUAA